CUUUACGUCCGUCGCGUCGAUCAUACGCGUUCCAUAUUACCGAAAUACCACUGAAGGACACAGACACAACCUGUCACUUUUGGUUUGGAAUUACUGCUCAUUUGGCUGUUUCUGAGGAUUCUUAACUGUGAAAUAGCGAAGGAGGAGUGUUAGGUAUUUAAUAGGAAUCUAUCAAUUAGGAUUCGAGGCUAACUGAUUCUGAACUCAAGGCGAGCCAAGCUUGAUUUCCAGCUCAUACAAAGAUUUCCAUUGUUUGUGAGACCAAACUCAGACUUUCAUCAUGCAGGGUUGCGCUCAAAACUGUCUCAAGUUCAUCUUGGUCUUCCUGAACCUUCUCAUCUUUCUGUGUGGUAUUGGACUCAUCGUAACAGGUGUAUUCCUGUCCGUUGGAGCCACUGAUUGGAUCAAGAUUGAAGAGAUUGCGGCCCUUCUUCAAAAUGACCUCCUUCGUGUCGGAGCAUAUGUCAUCAUUGCUGCUGGAUGCUUUGUCAUUGUCGUCUCUGGAUUCGGCUGUGGGGGCGCCUGUUGUGAGAACAAGUGCAUGCUGGGAGUGUACUUUGCGAUCCUCCUGUUGAUCUUCUGCGCUCAACUUGCCGCCGGGAUCCUGGCCGCUAUCUACUCUGCUGAGAUCAAGACUUACAUCACCACUGAGUCUGUGGAUUUCCUCAAGGAAGACUACAACAACACGAUGAAUGGCACCGCUGUCGACAUAGCCCUCGACGUAGCCGGCACAGCCGCAUGGAACACCGUCCAGACAACGUUGGAAUGCUGCGGGGUGAAUGGUAUACAAGACUACAUUGACAACCCAUACGUUAAUAGUGCUCAACUUACAAUUUGUAUGUCAAGUGAUGGCAGUACUAAGGGUGGAUGUCAGGAGCCCCUUGAGAGUUUACUUGAGAUGUAUGCCACCGUCAUCGGUGCAACCGCCAUUGGCGUAGCCUGUCUGGAGCUGUUCUGCAUGGUGUUUGCCGUCUGUCUGUGCAGAAAUGUCGGUCAGGACGACUAAAGCCAGUCGCUAGAGGUGGAGCUGAAAAUAAAACUAAAUGUGAAAUCCAAAAAGGGAGUGCGGAAAACUUCUUUAUUUUAUCACCACCAAACCACGCUACGUAAUGAUCAACUUUCUGCCUGGGGUGACCUAGUGACCUUUCAUGUAGAGUGUCAAGAGAGAGGUCAAAUGUCAUGGGGUCAAAUGUGUAUCCAAUUUUUGUAAUUGGUUCAUGGUGUGAUGCUUGUGUUAUGUAUAUGAAGUAAAACGUAUAAGGGCUAGUGUGCAGUGUUUACAGUGAUCGUUGGCGAGUAAUUUGAACAGUAUGCUCAAAUGACUUGUCGGGUUGGUUUAAUUAUUGUUCUUGUGCCGUAUCGUGAUGAACAGUGUAACUUAAUGGCUUAGCUGUUCGCAUUGUAAAUGGGAAGGAAGAAUAUGCACAAAAAGCAAGCAACUGUAUUAGUCCUUUGCGCUUUACAUGAAGGUAUAUUCAGGCAGAGAGUUGAUCAUUCUGAAAUUAUUUUGUCACUUUUAAUUACUUCGCUGCAAUUCUUGCAUGUUUUCUUUUGCCAGUGUUCUAUACUAUGUAAUUUGAGUGUCAUGUCCAUUUAUAUUGUAGCAGUAUUUAUGGAAAAACAUCAUGAUCAUCAAAGAGGCUUUUGUUUUUAUUGAAACUAAUUUGAAACAUUCAGGUAUUUUUUAAAUUGUCUCACUCCUUGAAUAGUACUGAUUUUUCUUCAUAGCUCUAGUUUUUUAUACUUCAUUUUCCAUUACUACAGCUAUUACUAGUACUACAAAGAGCAAGUAUGGUUCAUUCCCCCCCCCCCCCCACCCAUCAUGCAAUAUUUCAACCAUGUUAUCAACGUUUGGAAACAUUAAUUUAUGUUUAGCUGUUUAAUAUGCAAAGAGGCUUUAAGGGGAUGGGUUCGUGUAUAGUUACUCAAUUUAAACAAUUUUGAGGCUUUUAAAGGGGUUGGUAACAUUAUCUAUGGAUGGUAAAUUUUAACAUUUUUCAUGAGACUAACUAAAUAUUGGAUUAUCUAUUUUUUUUAAACUGUGUUUCGAGACUGAAUAACCAACAUGAGGCUGAAUAUAUGGUACCCUAGUUAGGAAAAUAGAGGCUUGAAAACAUUAUCUAGGUACAACAGAACUUGUGGAUACCAAGAAGGAUGAUGGGCUGAUAUAGCAGUAUUGGGCCUGAAAUACAACAGUAUGAUAUCUUUUUUGUCAAGAGGCUGCCAGGUGGGAUUAUGAUAGUACAGAAUAAACAUGUGUUCUGGAAUAUAUGAAAGGAAGAAUUAAUAGACAAAGAAAUCAAUUAAAGUAUUGCCUAAUCUCUGCUCACACUUUCCAAAUCAUCUCUUCUUCAUGAUGAAAUUAAAAGAAUUGAACUAAAGUCAAUUUCUCACUAUACUUCUACAUUAAAGAAAGAAUGUCCCAAUUAUGAUAUCAAAAACAUACAUGCUAUAUUUUUGUUCUCAUCUUUUCAUUCAUUUACUUAUUUUAGCCAUAAUAUUUGAAAGAUGUUGCUGCUCUUAGCUGACAAAUUUUCUAUCAAUAUGCUUUACUUUCUGAAGAAAUUACUUUCAUCUUAAAUCAGUCUCAAGCACUUUCAUUUUGUACUUUGAUUUGCACUUAUUCUGUCGGUAGACAACAUUAAUCAAGUAAGUUAGCUGUAUGGUACUCCUAAGGAAAUAUGCUGUAAUAUAUUCUGCAUUUAAACAGUACGUUAUUGACAUAGACUAUGUGUGUAAGUGUAUUAUUGGGUGUAUGUAUGUAUGUACAAUAUUAGUAACUUUUGAAGUGUUUUAUUAAUAGGGAGAGUAUUGUAGUAUAAUAUGUUGUAAAACUUCUGCAGUUAGAAGAAUUGUAAGAAACAACUUUCUUCUUCAGAAAUGGAUUUGGUUGCAAGCUUGGCCAUAACAAAUUUCUUCAUAAGAAUUCUGCAGCAUUCCUUUUUGUUGUCUAAAAAUUGAAUAGAGGCCAUGAUGAUACGAUAUGGUCAUCUGUUAAAAAUCAUGAGUGAUGGACCCAUAUGUGCAAAAUGGUGUCAGUGGGAAAAUUAAACGGAAUGUGAUAAAGAUGUGGUCAGCUGAAAUGUUUUGGCGGAACCAAGUUGGAAGCUUGAACACAUCCUUGUGGUUAUAGACUAUCACUAUAUCUCCAUGAUUGGUUUUUAAUAGAUGCCUAGUCUCAAAUUUAGCCUGUCUGAUUGCUAGGAAACAUCUGGGGUAGGGGGGGGGGGGGGGGGGGUCUCAUGCGUGUAUUACUCAGUGAUGGUAUCAUAGUAACGUGUUAUGUAACUUAUUAAUGUGUAGCAAGGGUUUAGAGAUCCUCCUUUUUUCAAGGAAGAAAAUAUGUUAAUGUGAAUUUUGUGAGAUAUUGUUAUCAUGUUUGUAUGGAUAUGUACAGUGUAUGCAUGAUGUCUUUAGGUGCUUGAUCGUCUUGGUUUCUAGUUGUUUGUGCCUUCUUUUUGGUAUAUACCUCUAAUCUUGGAUCAAAACGACAAUCACUUCUCUUCAAACAUAACACCUGGGGGGAGCUAAAAGGGCGCGACGGCUUUAAUACGCCCUUUUGGCCCUCAUCAGGUUGUAAUUUAAUCCAUGAGCAUACACGUCUCUCAUUGAGUAUAUAGGAUAAUGUCACGUUAAAGAAAGAAAUCAAGGAUUGUUUGCUUUUCACCACUAAAAUGAAAGUGUCAGGUGACAAGUUUCUUCAGUCAUGUGACUGAGCUGUGAGGUCAUGUGACUCACCUGAGAGUUUUUAUGUAUAUCUUUUUUAUUAGCCAGGGUGUACACAUUUCGUAUCAGAGAGAUUUGGAAUUCUAUUUUUAGGCAACAGAAAUUAUUCUAGAGAGAAAUUAAAAAAAUGAAAUGAGCAUUAUAGUCAAAGAUAAUGUACAGCUUAUGAGAAAAUAUGGGGAGAGAUGUUCAAUUAUAUGCUAUAUUUAGAGGAGGAAAUUCACCCGAUUAUUCACCAUGCACAGUUUUUUUUUCCAGCUAGCUCACUAUUCAAGAUAUUAAAGGUUAAACCUGCUAAUGAAAUGCUCGCUUCCCUUCCCCUCAUGAAAAUCAAGAUACUGCAGUACCAUGAAAAAAGAUUAGGUUAGAAGAUAAAUAACAGAUACUCAAAAUAGACCAAUUCCCCUUGUUGCAAUGGGAGGAAUAUAGGUAUAUGUAUUGCUAGUAAGGUAUGGGUACUCUGGCGGGCCAGAAUUACUGCUGAAAAUGAGCUCCAAAAUAUAUUCUCCUUGUUCAUGAGUAACCCUACUAUUCUUUCUUAUUAGAGAGUCAUACACACAGUGUGAGUAACGUGUUAGAAACAUUUCAUUCUUAGACAUCAUCUCAGUCUUUUCUAUUCUUAAAACAACUCGAUGUUCUAGCUCUCAUAUAACUUCUAACCCAAGCUUCAAUCCUUUUUGAAGAAAAAAAAGUUUUUAGUCAAAUUUGUAACUCAUUACAUCGAUUUCAAACCUUGAAAUAUCAACCUUUGAACUUUCAUCUAUGACCUUUGAACUUUGUGACUUAUGAGGGUUACCUCUGACCUCUAAUCUAUACAGCUUCCUGUUCCUCUGCAAAGCAAUGGUAGUUUUUUCUUAGUGGUUCUAUAUCAACAUAUGAAGUAGGUAAUUCAAAGGCACUUUAAUUAUGGUAGAAUAUGCACAAUUUUGAAUGUAUCUGGAUGUAUAUAUCUAUAUAUGAUUCCUAGAUUGGGAUGGCUGCCAUAGCUGGUAAAUACACAAACAUAAAACAAUGUCAUCCCUUGACUUGCAAAAAUAGACAGAGUCUUUGAAAUUAUAAAUUCUGAUGUAGAUAUCUGUUUGAGAAAUUUUGAAGUCACAAACAAUGUCAUCUGUUGAUUUGCAAUCAAAAGAGUGCUGAAAAUUUCUACAUCUGAAAACUUCUACACCAUGAAAAAAAAGGGAUUGAAUGUAAUGAAAUAUGCAUUUUUAGGGAGGGAGCAGUAUUAUCAUUAAACAAACAAAAAACUAUCAAUAUCUAUUAAGAUGAUGAGUAUGCUAUGUGUUAGAAUGUUGUAGAAAUAUUUACAGGUUUUAAUAUCAUUUUUACACCAAUUUAUUUACUGAAUUGUGUUGAGAAAGCUAUCCGUUGUCUGUCUGAGCUAUGGCAGCCAGCCUAUUACUAUAAUGCAGUGUACUUGUUUGUAUAUAUUGAUAUUGGUCAUAAUUUUUCUCUUUUUUUUUUUUACAUGCCGUGACUUUUGAUUCUCAGUGUUGGCCUAAAAUUUAUGGAACGUUUUGAGAAGGGUAUGGAGCCGUGGGCCCAGAGCUCACUGGUAGGAAGGUCAUGUUGGAUUGAUGUUAGACCUGGUCCUGCUAGGACUGAGUCUCAGACUCAUUGUCUGUGAAUAGGUACUAAGAUAAGGACCAACUUCAGGUCUAAGAAUAUGGCAAUAUAAGUUUGGUUUAGCUCAUCAGGACUAAACUCAGAUCCUCUACAGAAGCCCUGCAUUAAUGUAGACCUUCUCAUGUGUGUAUCCUUGAAUGCCUCAUGUACACUGUAGGACGACAAAACCAUGUUCGUGCCAGAGCCAGAGUCAAAAUCUUACUCUCAAGACCUAGAUCUGAACAUCAAUCCCACAUGGCCCUAGGAAAGUUUUUUGUGUGAAUGAAUAUCAUGAGAUGAGGAAUGAAGAUCAUUGUAUAAGCAAUCACGUUUGGUCCAAUUUUUACUUGAUAUGAAUAAAAUAAAUUAAUCUCCCCUA